GAAAAAGGAGGCACCAAUCCAGAUGGAAAUAGCACGGGUAAAUAUCUCGUGCUUAAAUUUCUCAAUCAAGUUCGGGCUAAUCCGUCAGGUGGUUUUAAAGAUAUUUUGGGAAUGAAUGAAGAAGUUCCCAAAGAACAACCUGAAAAUGAAGAAAGCACGAGAAGAAAAUAUAAAAAUCCUUCCAAAGGAGGCAAUAAAAAUAAGCCGUUAAUUACUCCUGACUUAUUAUAUGCCAAUACAGUCGAUUUAAAAUAUGAUUUUUUGGAGUUUGCUAAUCGUUAUUGUAGUCCUGCCCUAGUUUUUCGUUUUCAAUAUUCGAAUGACUUAUUAAAUUUUUUAGUUCUUCAUACUGUUCCUCAGUAA